AUGGCGAACACAGAAUGCCACAUUGGCAUAAUCGGGGCAGGUCUUGGAGGAUUAGCAGCAGCUAUCGGCAUAGCGAGAAGUGGACACAAAGUCACAAUAAUUGAGCAAGCGCCAGUUCUGGGCGAGGUCGGAGCUGGCAUACAAAUUCCGCCGAACUCGUCGCGAAUUCUCAAGGAAUGGGGCAUCCUCAAAGAGAUCGAAGACCUAUCCGUACGGCCACAGAAUUGCAUAUUGCGGCGAUACAGGGACGGCAAGAAGCUAUCUAACCUGAAUCUCGUUCCUUUGGUCGAAGAACAAUACCAGCAUCCUUAUCUACACAUACAUCGAGCCGAUUAUCAUAGAGUCCUAGUCGAAGAAGCUGAGAGGUUGGGCGUGAAGAUUCAACUAGACAGUAUCGUUGAAAAGAUCGACUUCAACAAGCCGAAGGUCUACAUCAAGAACAAGCCAGACUUUGAAGCAGAUCUUCUUAUUGGUGCAGACGGAUUGAAGAGCGUCUGUCGAGAGGCAUUACUCGGCCGAGCAGAUCCCCCAUAUCUCACAGGCGACCUAGCAUAUCGCAUCACAGUAUCUGCAGAGGAUAUGCGCAAGGAUCCAAUCUUGAAGGAGCUAGCAGAACAGCCAAACAUCAAUAUCUGGAUGGGCCCUAAUGCUCACGCAGUUUGCUAUCUGCUCAAGGGUGGUGGCCUAUACAAUAUCGUACUCAUAUGUCCCGACAAUCUGCCAGAGCUCGUCAGUCAGGCCAAAGCGGAUCUAAAAGAGAUGCACGACUUCUUUGAACACUGGGAUCCACAGCUGAGGCAGUUGUUGAGGUUGUGUAAGGAAACAAGCAAAUGGCGAGUGCAGAACAGUAGAGAGAUGAGUAGCUGGUCUCAUCCCUCUGGCAAAUUUGUGCUUAUGGGUGAUGCAUGUCACGCUACUCAACCAUACUUGGCACAAGGCGCUGCAAUGGCAGUUGAGGAUGGCGCAGUCCUUGGCGCCUUACUUGAAAGGAUAAAGGGAAAACACCAAAUACCAGACCUACUCGUCGUUUACGAAACCAUCCGAAAGCCAAGGACAACAAAAGUUGUACAAGGUUCCAAUCAUUUUGGAAGAACGGUAUUUCAUCUCAAAGAUGGUGCUCGUCAACAAGAAAGAGAUCGCCAGUUGCUUGAGCACAACGACAAGCCUUUUGAGGGCUAUCCGAACAGAUGGGCAGAUCCAGUCUUCCAAGAGUUUCUAUUUGGAUAUAACGCUUUCACAGAAGCAGAGAAGGCGUGGCAGAAAUACGAGGAGGGCACUUUCCCAGGGACCGCUGGAAAGUACUUGGCAAAGCUCUGA